GCGGACCCGAGAGCGAGAGCGCGCUGGAUUAAGCGCGUGCGUGUGUCAGUGUGGCGUAGCGGCGCUCGUGCUACUUACUCCGAGUCACAACGAGCUGACGUCUCGUGGGCCGGAACAGCUACAUUACAGUAAAACGAAUAAGAAUUAGCAAAAAUAAAUACUACGACAGUCGCUUCGCCGCCGAGACGAAGGGAUGGAGUUCCCUGUGGAUGUGCUAGAAGCCACGAGUCACGGGGAGCUUGAACGCUCGGCUCGUAGCUACAUGAACGAGCUGCUUUACGCUGACCCUGACCACGCACAAUACUUCACACUGCCUGGUGGGAAGGAGGUUCAGAUCGGUCUGUCAAGUGUGGGCUUUGUUCCUCUGUAUGGAGCCAAUCUCCAGCACAAAAUCCUGGCUCUCUUCACCCCACAGGACCAACAUACAGCUGUGGCUUUAUUUUUGGCUAAUAAGUGGUACUCUAUGGAGGAUAUCCUAAAAACAGCAAAUUCCAAGCGUGACCGGCUCAUCAAGGUAAGAACUGUGGGUGAAAGGAUUGUCUUGUACGUGUUGAACCGCAUUGUUUACCGCACUAAAGAGAUGGGAAGUAGAGAGAUGCCCUUCCUGUGCCACGGUGAAAACGACUAUGCCAAAAUCCUCUGGAAGAAUGGCGAAGCUGUUGGCUUCUACUCAGUCAAACCAAAAGGUAGCCUGUGUAAUAAUUCUUUGGGUCAGUGCUACUUCCUCCCUGUCAUGGACUCCAUAUUUGUGAGGAAAGCUCACCGGGGUAAAGGCUAUGGGCUGCAGAUACUGGAGGAUUUUGUGGAUUCUUUUAAUGAGGAUGAACUUGGCCUAAGGUACCCUUUGUCUCCAGCUAUGACAAAUGUGUGUAGGCGUUAUCUGGACCGUUACCCAGCUGAUGUAGACCUGUUCUGGGAGGUAGAGAGUGUCGGUGGCCCCUACCAGAGGACCAAAGUGGCUUAUAAACUCAGCUCUAUACCACUGAAUGCAGACACUCAUAAAGGUGACCAUGGCGGUGGCAGUGGGCAAAAUGGAGAUGUUGUGGAGGACGAGGUGGAAGAACCAGAAGACACCAGUUUUAACAUCACCGAAGACGUUCUUGUGUUCAACAAGCAUCAUAAAGUAACUGAAGAGUUAGAUACACCAAUCUCCACUCGUACCCGGAGCAGUGAGCACAGGAGGAGGAAGCGAGUCCGUGACGAACAGGAGCCAAAGGGGUUGGAUAGUCGGCCAGAGAAAAUAAACAGGGUGGAAAUAACAGAAGAGGAGAAGAAGGAAUUACACCCUGCUGAUGGUGUAUCAGUUGAAUCAAUGCCUGAGGCUCCUACUGAGACCCUGGUAUCACACAUAGACACACACAGAACUCUGGAAGUGAACUGCAAACAGGCUGAAAAUAACAAAGAGGUUAAGGAGGGUGCAGAUGAGGAGGAUGAAUCCGGUGUGGAGAACAGCUCUGGCAUUGAGGAAGGAGAGGACAUGGAGGUUGAGGAGGUGGCCGAGGAACGCAAAGCUCCGGUACAAAAGGAUGACGCUCAGACUGAGGAUACUCAAGAGGUGCAAGUUGCAGAGCAACAGGAAUCAGCUCCUGCUACUGAGGAUAACCAAGAAAUGGAAAUAGAUCCUGUGGCUCAUCUGAAACAAAAAGAAGAUUCUCCUGCAGCUGAGAAGAAUGGGGUUGCUAACAAGGUACAGAAAGAAGUAGACACAGCUCCUACAGCAGCUCCUGCAGAUAAGAAACAAGAAGUAGCUCCUGUAGAUGAAGAGAAACAGGAAGUAGCACCUGCUGAUGAGGAGGAACAAGAAGUAGCCCAUGAAGCUGAUGAGAAACAGGAAGCAGCUCCGGUUCCCGAGGAGAAUCAAGAAGUAGCUCCUGCAAAUAUGGAAGAAGACAUAGUAGCUCCUGUGUCUGAAGAGGAACAGGAAGGAGCUCCUGCAGCUGAGAAGGAAGACACAGUAGCUGUUGCAGCUGAGGAGCUACAGGAAGGAGAUCCUGUAGCUACAGGAAAAAAAGAUGAAACUACUGUAGAUGUAGAGGAACCGAAAGGUGCUCCUUCAGUUCAGGAGGUACAGGACGUAGGUCCAGAAGUUGUGAAAAAUGAAGUCGAUUCUGCAACUGAAGAGGAACAGGAAGUAGCUCCUGAAAUGGAGAAAUAUCAAGUAGUUUCUUCUGAUGAGGAGGAACAGGACGUAGUUUCUGCAGCCGAAGAUAACGAAGUAGAUCCUCCCACCGAAGAGACGUCUUCUUCACCUGACACCGAUACUGACGGAAUAGAAGGGCAAGAUGAGGCUAUGGAUGUAGUGAAUGAUCUUGUAAUGACCGCCAUUUCUGUAAAGUCUUCUAAAGACGAGGAGAGGCAGCCUUCUGGAGAGAACCAAAACAACACAGUGAUGCCGGAAGAAGAGGAGACAGCUCAGAAAGAGGUCGAGACGGAUGAAGAGGGAGAGGAAAAAAACGUCAACGAAGCUUUUGAUAUUUCAAGGGUUCUUCGAGGAACCAGAACCAAAGUGGUGCCUCCAACCUCCAAACGCACCUCUAAGAGACUGAGCAAGAUGACACUGGAGGACGAAGAGGAAGAACACAGAGAGGCAAAAUUCGUAGAAGAAGACAAGGGAAUGAGCACAGAGGAAGAAAAGGUGACGACAGAGGAGGAGGCAGAGCAUAGUUCAGAAGAGGAGGAGCAUGUACAGGAUCCACCAGUGAUUGAUAAGAGGGUGCUGAGGGGGAAAACCAAAGUGAUCCAGUCCAUGCAGCGAACCAGAGCCAAGCGACGUAGCAAGAUGUGAAAACACACACACACACACACACACACACACACACACAAGUAAACUUGCUCACAGAAUCUCAAAUAACCUGAAAACAGUCGAAUCUCACACACACCCACACACACCCACACACACACACACACACACACACACACACACACACACACACACAGAAAUAGUCAUUUAAAAUGAAAGG